AUGCGUCACAUACCUCGGGCUAAUCUUUUUGCUGUGAUUAAGGCAUUUGUAAACGGAAAACCGGUCGACCAGAUAGCUCAAGAAAUAACCCUUCCAGCUGCCAACCAAACGAGCCACGGACUCUAUUUUCGUCUUCAUUUCUUUGGCUGGAGCGUAUGUGUUACACGUCCUGAAACAGCGAAAUAUCUAUUGAUGCAUACCGAUAUCUUCCCGAAGUUAAGCACUACGCCAGCUCAACAUGCUCGAAGGGGUACCGUUGUAGGGAAAUUGUUGCUUGGAGAAAACGUUGUACUUCUGGCUGGAAAAAGUUGGAAAGAACAGCGCAAGAUUGUCAGUCCGGCCUUUCAACGCUCUUUGCCUGUGCAAGUUUUUGGCAAGCUUACGCAAAAAAUGGUCGAUAUAAUGAGUAAAGAAAUGGGAGCGAUCGACGUGUAUGAUAUUACUCAGCGGUGGGCACUCGACGUUCUAGGCGAAGCCGCGUUUGGGUUUCACUUUCAAGCACUUGAGGAUCGAGACAAUGAAUGGGUCACCCGAUAUAAUUAUAUCAUCGAAUCUGCGCAAAAGCCACUAUACUUCAUUUUCCCUUCAAUCGAACGUCACUUUUGGUCGUGGAUCCCGGAGCGUAGAAAAGCACAUCAAGAAGUAUCAAAGUUUCUGAACAUGAUGAGCAAAAUGGUCCAAGAGAAGCGCGAAGCACUGGGCAAGACAAGUACAGAUCAGCCUUCGAUACGCGAAAAUGAAAAAGAUUUGCUGACUUUGAUGAUUGAGGCUGAAAGGGAAGGCCAAGGUCGCUUGACGGACGAGGAACUACUGAGUAACCUUUGUAUGUUGUUUUUGGCUGGACACGAGUCGACCGCUUCAGCUGUUUCGCUUAUAAUAUACCAUUUGGCUGUGCAUCCUGACAUACAACAGCGUGCUCGGGAAGAGGCUAUACGCAUUUUCGGUGACAAUGCUGAUAUCCUUCCUACAAUCGAACAGACACGGGAGCUAAAAUACAUCAACAUGGUUAUUAAAGAAACUUUGCGAAUCAGCUCUCCUGGUGUAAGUAUGAUGCCACGUGUCGCUUCUCAAGACACCGAAUUAUCAGGCGUUUUUAUACCCAAAGGAACACGACUUGCAAUCGAUAUGUAUGACUUACAUCAUAAUCCAAAGGUAUGGAAGAAUCCAAAGCAGUUUGACCCCGAGCGCUUUGCCCCAGGUGGUGAAGCAGAGAAGUUGGGUGGCAUGCCGUGGGCACCGUUUGGUGGUGGAGAGCGUCAAUGUGUCGGCAUGAAUUUCAGUUUGAUAGAGCAGCGCAUUUCGGUUUCUAUGCUUUUGAGAAAGUACGAGUGGUGUUUACCGGAAGACUCAAUCCACAAAGAGAAGCUAGUGACACGAGCUGCUGGUAUCAUCAAACCGUUGGACCUUUUUGUAUUAUUUACAAAGCGCUAUUAAAUCUACGACAAGAG